AUGUCUGGAAUGAGCAGCACCACCGCCAACUGGCACUGGAAAAAUAAACAACUGAACCAGUGGGGCUCAGCCUGGUUCGAGCGCGAGCUUCCAACAGUCGAAAUCAGUGAGGGAGCGGCGAAGGUUGGUGUUGUGAAGGUGACCGAGGUGGACGGGGAUGUUGAGCUGGGCAGGAGGAAAUCGAAACUCAUUACUAUCUACGACGUGAAGAUCAAUCUGGAGUGGGAAGGAAUGGCGGACGAUGGGACUGAAGUGAAAGGGACGCUGUUCAUUCCCGAAGUCUCGCAUGAGAUCACGGUUGACCAGAUCUCUGAAUAUUCUUACCAAUGGUCACUCACUACCGCUUCGUCUCCUGCCGUCGAUGUGGUGUACAAGCUGGCGAAGACCAAACUGCGCGAAGCGCUGGAGAGCAAGUUUGCCGAGUUCCCGAUCGCUAUUAUUGAAGUACAUGGGAAAGACCUCAUCGUGUCCGCCGCUAACAGCGGCACGGCAACACCCGUAAGUGUGGAAGGCGGCAGUGCCAGUGCGAAUCUGGGAGCAGCGGCAGCGUUCAACCCACCUGUGGCUCAGCCAAAGAGCACGAAGAAGCCGAAAGAGGUACUGAACACAUCGACCGUCGAGAGAGAGGCGAGGUUCAUGGCCAGUGCGGAUGAUUUGUUCGACUUGCUAACCGACGAGCGCCGUAUUCCGACGUGGUCACGCGCCGCAGCUCAUUAUAGGCCCGAGCCUGGUUUUGAAUUCUCGCUGUUUGGUGGAGGUGUGACUGGCCAGAUCACCGACGUUGAUCGACCAAAGAAGAUUGUAUCCACAUGGAAGCUGUCCAGCCCGACAUGGCCUACUAAUCACGCUGGGACGCUUACUAUCGCCUUUGAUCAAGGAUCGGAUUCGACGGAGGUCAAGUUUUCAUUAUCGGGCGUUCCGAAGGGGAUGGAACAGGAGCUGGAGAGUAAUCUGGAGGGAUACUACGUGAGGGGUCUGAAGUCUACUGGGCUCGGUGCGAUUCUGUAA